AUGUUGAUGCUUUGUCCACACUUUUUUGUCUUGCGGUUGAUGAAAGUCUCAGAUUAUUGGGAGGUUUUCUUCUCGGAGGGGGCAGGGCAGCAAUUUGAAAAAGAGAGUCAAGAUCCUGAGAAAAUUCCGUCCCUGUUAUUUAUGGUGAAAGCGUUCGAGACGCCGGCAUACGUGUCCGGAUUUAUUGCCCUUGUUUUAUACUUAGUGAAAAUAUUAUGUCUAAUAAGAUGUCCUGAUCGAAAGAGACUACAUCUUAAAGCCGCUUAUUUAACAUUCAGUGCCAUUGCAGGAGCAGCUGCAGGAAUAGGAGUCAUCAUAUUCUGUGUCAUGUUGGAAAAACAGAAAUUCACCCUAGGGUGGGCACCGGCCUUAGUGGGGGUGGGGGGAUUUCUACAUCUGAGUAUGGCGUGUGCGGGGUAUCUCAGUUGGCGAAAUGGACCAAUAGACGAUGAUUUUUUCGAUGAAGAUGAUGAAGCAUUUUUAGAAAAGAGUCCUGAAAUUAAAAAAACGAAUGGACCAGGCCGUCCAAAUCGUCCUGCGCCCCCUCCCCCACCCCCUCCGAAACCCAAACCACAAAUCAAACCCAAACCAGACGCACUUUUGCUCCGUAGCAUGUCAUCACCAGCGCCAAAAACCAACGAAUACAACGCUGUGUGA